AUGGGAAUUCCAGAGGGGCUGACUGAGGGAGAUACCCAGGGUGUUCACAGGAGCCCCUCCCAAGAGCCCUGUGACAGGGGAGUGUCCACCAUGUGGUUGGACCCAGAGCCUGCUCCCAGUGGUACAGGCAUGGUGACCUAUGGCUUGGAGGGACUGCAGUUGGCCUCUGGCGCCCCGUUCCACCUCAGAGAGCCUAAGGGAGGCCUGUCCUGGGAAAGCUCCCCAAAAUGUGCUAGGUGUACGUCGAAAGCCAGUGGUAGUUACCAGCAUCCAUUUGAGGAAGGGGCAGAUUUCUCCCUGUGGCCCGUCUCCAAGUCACCGGAUGAGGUCAGUGAGAUGCGCCUGAUAAGGUUGAUCAUUUCUCAGGAUGAAGGAGGCCAGGCCAAACCCACCAGCUCCAAUGACACACCCGGUCACUCAAGAACCGACAUCAGGCAGAAGUUCCUCCUCAUGCGGGGCCCUUGCCUGUCCACUCCACAACGACUCACUUCAGGUGUGGAAAGGCAGGGUAUUGAUGAUCCAGAAGUGCCCUCUAAGAAACCAGAGAGUAUGAUCAGGGGGAAGGCUGAGGGCAGGCCCAGCUACCUGCCCUUAGUUGCUGUUGCAGGUGGCCUGCCCAAGGCCAAUCCAAGGAAAGUGUCCAAGCAGAAGACAUCUCAGUGGCGGGCCAUAGAAGUUGCUCCUGGGAGUUUCUUUCCUCCCUGGUGGCAGAGAGACUCAGGAGGUCUGGAGGAUCCAGCCACCUUUCCCCCGAUCUCCGAUGUGCUGCUGCCUGGGAGGGGCAGGAGGCAUUCUUUGGUCCCUUUUGAAACCAAAGAGUCCAAGCCCACUGGCACAGGGCCAAAGUCAAUGACAUGGAGGAGGAGGGUGUCCAGGCCUGUGGUGGGAGAAGAAGAUAAGGAAGAGAAAAAAGAUGGAUUCCCAGAGAGCCAAUCUCUGACACAAGGGCAGAGACUACCCUUUCCUUGUGGGCAUCAUGGACCAAGAGGCACUGGCACCAUGAACAACAGACACACCCAGGAUCUGGCACACUCAGAGCCCUUGGCACUGCUUGGGGAAGAAGUCUUGGCCAGUGGGCCCGCACCUUCCAGUGAUCUUGACCUUCUUGAAGAACCUCGAAGACCAAAAAGGUUGCAAAAACCACAGCCACAGCAACCACUUGGAGCAGAGGGUUGUCCUUGGUGCUGCCAUCUACAGAAGGAAAUAAGCUGCUUGAAACAACACUGUGCGGCCUUGCAGUCCCUGAUCGAGAAGCUCCUGAGACAUUAAUGUGGAACCAGACCCUUCAGCCAAGAACAGCAGUUGGUACCCUGGAGCUGGGGAACCCUGGCCAAGCUGGAUUCUUCCUGUUCCACUUCAGCCAGGGCUUCCUCGUACCCUUCUGUUGAUUCCUCACCACCUCGUUUGUCAACACUUUUACAUUAAAGUCUCCUGAAAUUC